AUGGGUUGUCAAGGAUCGAAAAGUGUUAUUUCUAUACGAAGCGGACUGACUUUUCUUGAUGUAACCAUUCAACAACUUGAACAAUUGAAUCGUACCUAUGGUUAUAAUGUGCCAUUAGUUUUAAUGAAUUCAUUUAAUAUACAUGAAGAAACAGAAAAAAUUCUUCAAAAAUAUAGUCAUGUUUCUGUUAAAAUUUAUAAUUUUAAUGAAUCAAAGUAA